AUGGCUCUGGAAAAUGCGAAGGAAAUUGUUGAGACUGACAACGAUCGAAUUGUUAUGGUGAUUUUGUUGAUCUUCUUUCCGGUGAGAAAUUCUCAAAGAUAUAAUAAGUUCAUUAAUUUUCAAUUAAUUCCAGCCUCUUGCUGUUAUCAUGAAAUGUAGAAGUUGCAAUUGCUGGGUGGUUCUUUGCUUGGUACUUUACACAUUUUUCAUUUUGCCUGCUUAUGUGAUGGGUGUUUGGUUUUGUUUUGUUCGCGGAAGAAAACACGAGAAUCGAUAUAUCUACACUCAAACGUCCGUUUAG